CCAUCUGCAAAUCCCGUUGCCAGUCCCAGUUUCAUAUUCUGCUGCCUUCCCCGUAAAUCUUAUCGGAAACGCGGCAAUGGUUUUCUCUCUGGUUACAUCACCUCGAGGAACUCAGCAGCAGCGUCUGCGUCUAACGAGGUAGUUCCUGUCCGUCUCUGUCGGGAUUUGGGAAAAUGUACAAUACAUAUGCGAACUCAGUUAUAUGGUCGAUUAGAAGUAGAGGGUUCCAUGAUUACUCCUACUUGCUCCCUGAGAGAUCCGAAAGAUGCCCAUCUGCGGUAUCAUCGUCGAGAUGUUGUUUUGCUAAUUCUCGUUCAUCAUGUCCACCAUCAUCGUCAUCUUCCUUUGUCAAUUCGAAGAGAUCGAUAAACCCUAGAUAUGUGCCUUAUGGGUUGAAGCAGUCAACUCUCAUUCAAUGGCCGCCAUUUCGGAGGAGGUUGCUGAUGAGUAGGGAAGAUCGGCUUUUUGAUCGGUUUCUGGGUUGUGAAGUAGAUGGGAAACGCUGUCAGGUUGUGAGGGGCAAAUCUGAAGAGUGGGAAGAAGCAUACGGACAAGAAUCUGAGAGGAGAAAGAUUGAUGAAAUGUUCAUGAGGGAAGCGUUGGUUGAAGCAAAGAAGGCUGCUGAUAUGUGGGAAGUGCCUGUCGGAGCUGUCCUUGUGCAUGAUGGGAAGAUUAUUGCCAGUGCUUGUAACCUAGUGGAGGAGUUGAGGGAUUCAACUGCUCAUGCAGAAAUGAUCUGCAUACGGGAAGCUUCAAAAGUACUCCGUUCAUGGAGGCUGGCAGAUACAACACUCUAUGUAACACUUGAACCAUGCCCGAUGUGCGCUGGAGCAAUACUUCAAGCAAGGGUUAACACUCUUGUAUGGGGUGCUCCCAAUAAGCUCCUCGGAGCAGAUGGCAGCUGGAUUAGGCUGUUCCCGGGGGCUGAAGGGGGAUCAGAGCCAUCAGACAAACCACCGUCACCAGUUCAUCCAUUCCACCCGAAAAUGACAAUCAGAAGAGGUGUUCUUGAAUCAGAAUGUGCAGAGGCAAUGAAGCAAUUCUUCCAGCUUCGGAGGAAAAAGCAAGACAAGACAACAGACAAGAACCCAGAUCAUCAUCAUCAUCAUCAUCAAUCAUCAAUGAAGAUGCAUCAGAUCUUACCCUUCUUCUGUCUGUAGAUGCAAGUGACUGGUCAAGUUGUAUGUUUCUCCACGCCAUGUUGCGUUUUGGACGAAAUGUGAAGAAAGCAAGUAUGUUGUUGUAAUGUCUAAUUGUAAAUACUUAGCCUCUCUUAUCAGUGAUGGAGCCUCCUUACCACUCUUAGGUACAAAAGGGACGUUUCACAUCA